AUGUCACAAGACGCUGCUAUUGCAGAGCAAAAUCCUGUGGAUCUUCUCUCUCCGGUGGACUCAGCCUCCCACUCGGUUUUAUCAAGUUCAUCCAACAAGGCUGAAAAUGAUGAACUGAAGGCGUACGGUGAAGGUGAAGAACACGAACCCGUUGUUGAAAUCCCAAAAAAGCCCGCCUCUGCUUAUGUUACCGUCUCUAUUAUGUGUAUCAUGAUUGCUUUCGGUGGUUUCGUUUUCGGUUGGGAUACUGGUACUAUUUCUGGUUUCGUUAACCAAAGUGAUUUCAUCAGAAGGUUUGGUAUGAAGCACCACGAUGGUACACCUUAUUUGUCUAAGGUCAGAACUGGUCUAAUUGUCGCUAUUUUCAACAUUGGUUGCGCCAUCGGUGGUAUUAUUCUAGCCAAGUUAGGUGAUAUGUACGGUCGUAAGAUCGGUUUGAUUGUCGUUGUUGUAAUUUACAUCAUCGGUAUUAUAAUUCAAAUUGCAUCUAUCGACAAAUGGUACCAAUAUUUCAUCGGUAGAAUUAUUUCUGGUUUGGGUGUUGGUGGUAUUGCCGUCUUAUCUCCUAUGCUGAUUUCUGAAGUCUCUCCAAAGCAUUUGAGAGGUACUUUAGUUGCUUGUUACCAAUUGAUGAUUACUGCCGGUAUUUUCUUGGGUUACUGUACUAACUAUGGUACCAAGACUUACUCAAACUCUGUCCAAUGGAGAGUUCCAUUAGGUUUAGGUUUCGCCUGGGCCUUGUUUAUGAUUGGUGGUAUGACUUUCGUCCCAGAAUCUCCACGUUACUUGGCUGAAGUUGGUAGAAUCGAAGAAGCAAAGCGUUCCAUUGCCGUUUCCAACAAGGUUGCCGUCGAUGAUCCAUCUGUUUUAGCUGAAGUUGAAGGUGUUUUAGCUGGUAUUGAAGCUGAAAAGCUAGCUGGUAAUGCUUCAUGGGGUGAACUGUUUGCCACUAAGAAUAAGAUUUUCCAGCGUUUAAUUAUGGGUGCUAUGAUUCAAUCAUUGCAACAAUUGACAGGUGACAACUAUUUCUUCUACUAUGGUACCACCAUUUUCAAGGCUGUUGGUUUGAGUGAUUCUUUUGAAACUUCUAUCGUCUUGGGUAUCGUCAACUUUGCCUCCACUUUUGUUGGUAUUUAUGUUGUUGAUAAAUAUGGUCGUCGUACUUGUUUGUUGUGGGGUGCCGCUUCCAUGACUGCUUGUAUGGUUGUCUACGCUUCUGUUGGUGUUACCAGAUUAUGGCCAAACGGUCAAGAUCAACCAUCAUCUAAGGGUGCUGGUAACUGUAUGAUUUGUUUCGCCUGUUUCUAUAUCUUCUGUUUUGCCACAACUUGGGCUCCAAUUCCUUUCGUUGUCAACUCUGAAACUUUCCCAUUGAGAGUCAAGUCCAAGUGUAUGUCUAUUGCUCAGGCCUGUAACUGGAUCUGGGGUUUCUUGAUCGGUUUCUUCACUCCAUUUAUUACCAGUGCUAUCAACUUCUACUAUGGUUAUGUUUUCAUGGGAUGUUUGGUUUUCAUGUACUUCUACGUCCUAUUGGUUGUUCCAGAAACAAAGGGUUUGACUUUAGAAGAAGUCAAUACCAUGUGGGAAGAAGGUGUUCUACCAUGGAAAUCUGCUUCUUGGGUUCCACCAUCCAGAAGAGGUGCCGACUACAAUGCCGAGGACUUGGCUCACGAUGACAAGCCACUUUACAAAAGAAUGUUCAGCACAAAGUAA